GUUGUUCUGCCCACCUCGCCCUGCUGUCCCCUGAGCUGCGAGUCUCCAUCCUGAGAGAGGAAAAUAGCCAGUGAUGGCUCCCAGCUCCUUCCCAUGCCCUGUGGAGAUCCAUGACCAGCAGCUUCCAUCCUCAUGGUCAUGGCUUGGCCAUGUCCUUGGGCCAGCAGACACGGGCACUUCCCCACGGUCCCGGUUGCUUGUCCCAUCCUGCUCUUGCCUGGCAAGCAAGACAUGAGCUUUCUGCAGGGAUGCUGCACCCUCUGCUCCAUCCUGAUGCUCGUCGGAGGAAACCUGGGCGUCCUCAUCAAAAUCCAUCAGGACUCGAUCAACGGCACCGAGGGUCAGUCCGUGCUCCUGCCCGUCUCCUACAGAUUUGACGGUGCCCCUGGUUUCCCAAUGAAGAUUGUCUGGUAUUUCAGUAACAUGCGGGACGAGCUCGUCACCUGCUCGGUGCUGAACGGCUCCCUGGGUGCCGGGGGAGCUCCCAGCAGCUGCUCUGCACAAACUUUCUACCACACCACGUACCGUGGCCGCACUAAGUUCUUCCCCAAGAACGGGUCCCUGCUGCUGUCAGACCUGCGGCUCAACGACAGCGGAGUUUACAGUGUCACCUUCAGACCACCACACCAAACCUGGCACAUCACCCUGACCAUCCACGAGCAGCGUUCCACCCCUGAGCAUCCAGGAGGAAACCUGGGCGUCCUCAUCAAAAUCCAUCAGGACUCGAUCAACGGCACCGAGGGUCAGUCCGUGCUCCUGCCCGUCUCCUACAGAUUUGACGGUGCCCCUGGUUUCCCAAUGAAGAUUGUCUGGUAUUUCAGUAACAUGCGGGACGAGCUCGUCACCUGCUCGGUGCUGAACUGCUCCCUGGGUGCCGGGGGAGCUCCCAGCAGCUGCUCUGCACAAACUUUCUACCACACCACGUACCGUGGCCGCACUAACUUCUUCCCCAUGAACGGGUCCCUGCUGCUGUCAGACCUGCGGCUCAGCGACAGCGGAGUUUACAGUGUCACCUUCAGACCACCACACCAAACCUGGCACAUCACCCUGACUGUGCCCGAGCAGCGUUCCACCCCUGAGCAUCCAGUAGACCCCAAGAAGCCGGACUCCACCCGUUACUAUGUAAUCGGAAUUUGUUCUUCAGUCUCCAUCCUUCUGCUGUUCCUGCUCUUCUGCUGCAUACGGCACUGGGGUGCAGCUCGGCAGCAGAACAGGAGAAUCAUUAAACAACAGCAGGUCUCAAGCAUGGAGGAGUCCCACAUGGAAAGCACUGUGGGGACAGACAUGGCAACCAUUUACGCCAGAAUUGGAGACAGCUUUCAACAGUCACCACAGAGACCAACACCAGAGGUCGUGUACACAUCCUUAACUUCUCCUGGUCCACCACCACAGGACACUGGACUCUACCAUCUCCUGGUUUGACUGUGGGAGCUGCCUCAAGCGGGAGCUUUGCAGAAAGUAGCUGUGCCUCAAAGCAAAGAGGAUGUUUGUGUCACUGAUGCUGCACCCUCGGUGCUCCCCCUCCAGCAGCUCCGCACGCUGACCCUAGCCUGUAAAGGAUUUGGAGUGAGAGAGUACAGAAAUGCAUUAGUUUGCCUUGAACUGCAGUCUCUCUUGAAUUUGAGGGAUGAGCUGGUUUUUGUACUCUCAGGAAGUCUCAAGGAGAAACUAAGACACCCAGUGUAAGAGAAAGAUGCUUAAGGCAAUGGCAAAUCAACAGUUUGUCUGGGGGGAGCUUGCUUCCAUAGACUCACCUUAAUUUGAGAGGUAGUGGAGAGCAUUAAACAUUUCAAUCCUGUGUCCCAGGUUCACUACCAAUGAUCUUGUCAUAUUAAAAGAAUAUAUGAAGAUCCUUUGACCUGAAAA